AUGGAAGACAUCCAUUUGUCAAGUACUAAAAGCCCAGGUCCCGGGGCGUACAAUACGGUCGAACAGUCGAUAUACAAGACGCUAAGUCCCCAUUGGACCUUGGUCAGUCGACAGCCACCGCCGUCUGAUGGCACACUCAAACCUCCGCCAAACGCCUACGAUCCACACAUGGUAAAGCGUUCAUUGAAAAGUUUGACAACUAAUUUUUACCUACAACAUUGA